AGAAAUGUCGAUAUUGCCCGGAUGUGCUCACGUGACAGGUCUAUCUGGCCGAGUCAGCCGAGUAGCUCAGUGUUACCUUUGUGUGUUCUUUGAAUAGAGGGUGGAGUAUUACACGUUUUGUCAAAGGACAGCCGAUUGAAAUUUCUUUUCUACACUGUUGGUUGGGCGGCCACUGAAAGGACAGGUCUAUCUGAUCCGUCUUGGUAACUCAACACCAACAGCCGAGCGACUCUGUGUUACCAUUGCGUGUUGUUUAGAUUCAGAGAGAAGCAAUACAUGUUUUGUCGUCGACAUCCUACUGAAAUCUACUUUCUACACUGUGGGUUUGGCGGCCAUUGAAAGGACACUGAACAGCACUGAGGACAAAGUUUUUCGUUUGAUUCGAGACUGGUGACGAGCAUUGAUCGUCACUGUUAAAGAAUUCAGGAGUAUUGUUCUUCAAAUUGAUUACAUGGUUGUCGUGGUGACGGCCGCCUGUUUAUUUUACAUAGGAAUGUUGACACUUGGUGUAUGUGAACACAGCAACAUCAAUAUGCACGUCGUCGCCAUUUGAAGAGUGUCUAAUCUUGGAUCAGCCAUAUCUGUUGAGUGUUGUUAGAUAACUUACUAAUAUUCUAAUAUGGCAACAUUGAGGCUGUUUUGAUCAAUAAUUCAGUCAGAGGUAAUCCUUUGAACUCGCGUCGUGCCAAAUGUUGGGUUGCAGACGGAAACGCCUGUGGACGUCUCUGUUAGUUGUGGCCAUUUUGUUAGCGGUCAUGCGCAUUACUCUUCACUACUAUAAAGACGUUGAUGACGUCAUGCCUCAUAACCAAGCACAAAGUUUCACGAGCAAAGGAGGUCAAGGUCACGAAAGUGUAUCAAACCAAGGUCAUGUAAGUGUUUCAAAUCGAGAUAGCGCCUACGACCCAAGCAGUCUCGUACAAGACAAACACAUUCUCCGGGAGACGUCACUGAUCGGUGCAACUGUUAUUUCAAGAUCAAAUACGUCAUGGUCACGUGACGAUGGCGCGUGCAAUGGGGAUACUAGUUUCGUGAAGACAGUUUUACACUCGCCGGCUGGAGAUACACCAAUCUACGUUCACCCCAUGUCGGAGGAUAUAUGGGUGUCGGCAACAAUUAUAAAGGGGCAAGUGUGGGAAGGCGACUUGGUGACCAAGUUCUACAACUACUUCAAACAAGAUGACGAACUUGUAUUGGUCGACAUCGGCGGAAACAUCGGCGUGUACGGCCUUACGAUAGCUAGAAUGGGGAGACAGGCUGUACUAGUCGAACCGCUUCUGAAGAACGUGAAGAAGCUGUGUAACUCUAUCCAUGACGGCAAUUACUCACACGUCUACAUCGUACAUAACGCCGUCUCCAACACAAGGGUCAAGGUCGAAUUUGGGAGCUACGCCAACAACGUCGGUGGCACGUACGUAAAGCCUGUUACGUCAGAGAGCCGGGAGACAGCACAGUCUUUGUUGCUUGGUGAUCUACUGGAGGUGUUUCAGCUCCGCAAGGUUGCCAUGAAGAUGGACAUUGAAGGCCACGAGGAUGAAGCUCUUCUGGGUGCGGAGACGUUCUUCGCCAAGGUGGAUGUCAGGUAUCUAUUGAUGGAAUGGAACACACACAUCAACAAACCGGAGGCUAGGCAUAUCAUUGACUUCCUCACCAAACACAACAUGGUACCCGUACACCCGGUGAACGAACAUAUGCUGGCCUUGAACGGAUCCGGGCAAUGGCCAUGGGAUGUGCUGUGGAAGAAAGAUGUAUGAGGUUAAUAUAUCAACAAAUGUGAAUGGUCCAUUCUACAUAUUUUCUGGACGUGGAAUUCCGGGUCAGAAUUGUUCCUCAGCAACCUAGGCUUCUUAAUGGAUCGGAUGGUAAGGAUCGAUGACAUGGUUGAUAGCGUGCUCAUAGUAUCAAUCACUGGGUUGGCAAAAUUAUUUACAGGUCGCGGUCUUGGAAUAUUGCUGAGUGUGGCGUAAAACAAACACA